GGAAGAGCGACAGACGCCGCUGCUCUCGGCCGCUCCUCCAGCAGCUCCCAUGUGCGCCGAGCCACGCAUACGCGUCUUCUGUGACUGCACGACGCGCCAUGCUCUGCGCCUUGUGCUGAGACCAGUGCUGCUGGGGUGCCUUCUAGGCGGGAAGAAGCGAACGCGGUGACAUCAGCCGAGACUGCUCAUGGCUGGUCCAGUGGAAGACGUCGUUGCAGUCCAGAGAGAUGCGCUGCUGCCGCUGUGGGCUGUGCUGGGUAUUGUCACUGGUGCUGUGGUGCUGUCGCUGCUUGUCAAACUCUACACGGUGUUAACCAUCGGCAAGUGCUCUUCCAAUGUAGACAUGGCAGGAAAAACGGUCAUCAUAACUGGAGCCAACACAGGGAUCGGCAAGGAGACGGCGCGCGAGCUGGCACGGCGCAAUGCGCGCGUCAUCCUGGCCUGCCGCAACCUGUCCAAAGCCGGGGAGGCCGCGGCUGACAUCUGUGCGUCGACGGGACGCAGCGUGGCGCUGAUGCAGCUGGACCUGUGCUCACUCCACUCGGUGCGCCAGUUCGCCGCUCAGGUGGUGGCCACCGAACCGCGUCUCGAUGUCCUCAUCCUCAACGCCGGCAUGAUGUCUCCUCCGAGUCGAGAAGAGACCGAGGAUGGCUUCGAGGCCACUUUCCAAGCAAACCACCUUGGGCAUUUUCUGCUUACGCACCUUUUACUGGACCUGCUGAAGAAGAGUCGGCCGAGCCGCAUCGUGGUCGUCGGCUCGUGUGGCCAGCUGGCCGGUCGCCUCAACACGGAUGACCUCAGUUUCGGCCCCUACUGGUUCCCUCUGCUCAACUACUGCACCACCAAGCAGUGCAACAUGCUCUUUACGGUCGAGCUCAGCAACAAGCUCAAGGGCACCGGUGUCACCGUAAACUGCUGUCACCCGGGCUUCGUGCGCUCAGAAAUCGCCGUUCGCAGCGCAGAUAUGCAGACGUGGCUUUUCAACCUGCUGCUAAGCUUCUAUGGCAAGACGGUGAAAGAAGGUGCCGAGACUACGGUGUACCUCGCCGUCUCCGAGGACGUUCAGAAUGUGAGCGGAGAAUACUUCAAAGAUUGUGCACCCACAUUUGCCGUGCCGUGGGCCACGAACCCAGCCGCGGCGAAGAAGCUGUACGAGGAGUCGAUCAGGUUGACGCAGGUCAUCUGACACAUCUCUGUGCUGUCGAUCUCAGGUGCCGAAACAAGAAUAAAUUCUACCUGUUGAACU